AUGGACGACCGACUUUCCGGCACCGACCAUAGGUGGUUCAAAUAUUUUCCAAAUGCAAUAAAAGCUGUGUUGACCUGUCAGAGUCAGAAUAUUAUGAAGACAGCUCAAGAUAUUGCAUACGUCAUCUGUUACUUUAAACCUGACAUCACAUCAUACCAGCAAAUGCUUGUACUAUGUUGGGUGAAGACCAAGAAUAUGUUUUUCUAUGAAACUGCAUCGAUGAUUUCAUUUGUAUUAUGGCUGUUAAAAUACAGUUGGUGGUUGGCGAGAUUUGCAAUAGAAAAAUGUAAUAUUGCAUUAAAUACGAUCGAUCAAAAACCUAAUUAUAUUGAAUCAGAAGUCGAUGGUCCCAAAAGAUGUGAGGUUAAAUGUGAAGUACUAUACGACCCGGGACUUGAGGCAACUUUCAUGGACGUGGUUUUUAUUCACGGACUUAGGGGUGACAAACUUAAGACAUGGAAACAAGGUGUGUGGAAACAAGUGGAUCAGAAACCUGAGCCAGUGGUUGUCAGGAAUUCCGGAUUAUCCACGAUGAAUCAAUUUGAAAGAUUGUCUAUCGGCAAUGAGAUCAAAGAGUUUACUAAUUGUUGGCCCAGAGAUUGGUUGCCAUUGGAUUGUCCAUAUGUCCGAGUUAUAACCAUCAGCUACAGUACCGACCCUUAUUUGUGGCGACCUAUAUGGUUAAGCAAACCAGUUAGAACAACCAUGAAAGAUAGAGGAUUGGAGAUGAUAUCACUUCUAAGAAAUGUGCAUGUCGGACAGCAUCCCAUUACGUGGGUUGGUCAUUCUAAAGGGGGAUUGUUCAUAAAACAAAUAUUAGUUCAUGCUAAUGAAAACCAGCAAACUCACAAAAUCAUAACAAAUACCAGGGGAAUAUUAUUUUAUAGUGUUCCCCAUAACGGAUCUCCUUUAGCCAAUAUAAAACUACCAUUGUUUCAACGAUCAAUUGAAUUACAGGAGUUAGUAAAUGAUACACAAGAUAUACAAAAACUUCAGAAAACAUUUCAUGAAAUGAUGAACGUUAAUAGACAAAUUCAAGUGAAGAGUUUUAUUGAAACCAAAUUGACACUUAUGAAACUAAUUUAUUUAAGGAUUGUUUCUAUACAGUCUGCAGAUCCAGGAUUUGGAGAUUUAUAUGGUGUUCCGUUGGAUCAUCGAAAUAUUUGCAAACCAAAAAAUCGGAAUUGUUUUUUAUAUCAAGAGCUGGUUAAUAUGAUACAAUCAUUGAAGCAAUCAACAGUCGAAGAAACGGUGUAA